CUCUAAGAAGUGUUCAGUCGCCAUAUUGAAUCGUUCGGCAUCACAACGCUUCCGUUUUCUGUCCUCUGUCCUCUGAUGUCGAUCUGAGUUGUGGCCCAGUCCAUCGUCCAUCAUGGAGGAAGAACGCUCCGGAUACAUGGCCACGUUGGACAAAUUGACCUUCAACAGUCGUCCGGUGAUCGUGACCUUGACCGAACUGGCCCACGAGUCCAAACAGCCAAGUGUGAUCGCCAAAUGCAUCGUGGAACGCAUCCGAAAGAUCAAUCCCGAGCGAAAGUUGCCCUCGCUCUACUUGAUGGACUCUAUUGUGAAGAAUCACGGUCUCAAGUUCAAAGAUCUCUUUGAGCCGUUCUUGGUGGAUGUGUUUGCUUGGGUCUUUGAGGCCAACGAGGACGUCAAGAUUCGAACAGCCUUGUAUAAGCUACGAUGCACCUGGAACGACGUCUUCGGUGCCAAGGCCCUCUUCCACUUGGACACGAGGAUCAAGAAGCAUUUUGACCCCAAAUGGCCGAUUGCAAACCCGGCCAUUGGCCAAGAGCUAGCCAAUCCCACCAAAAUUCACAUCAACCCCAACUAUUUCAAGAAGGGCACGAUUGAAAACUUGGAUGAGGAAAGCAAAAAGUUGGACGAGGAGGUCCGCCGGAAGCAGGACGAACUCAAACGAAUCCAGCUUAAGCGCAUGGAAAUGCAAUUGGAACAGGAGCGCAAACUCAUGGAACAACAGAUGAAGGGAUUGAAGAGCGCUUCCUCAACACCGGCUGUGAAAGAUAUUGUCAAAGAAGAUUCAACUCAGGUCCAAAAACCAAACUCUGAAGAGACCACCAAACGAAGCAAAGAUCCUCGACUGAAGAGCAAGGCCACUCUUCCUGUCCCUGUAUCAAGCUCGGAGGUGACCAAACAAGAUCAGCCCCCUGUCGAAAGCAAACCUAAUCCCGUGAGAAAGACUCCUCCACCACCUCAGAUUCGGAAUGAUUUCAAAGGAUCCAAUGCUCCUUUGAAGGCCAAUCGCCCAGACGAGAAAUCACCCAAGAAAUCAUCGUCUUCUUCGUCGUCGUCCUCAUCAUCUAAAAGAAGUGGACCUUCGUCGUCGUCGUCAAGAUCAUCGAGUAACAAGAAGAAUGAAUCCUCUUCAAAGAAGGUCAAGGUUGAUCGAUCUCCAUCAAGAACCCCGAGCCCUUUGGAUGCGAACGAAGGUCCGGUCAAGAAAUUCAAGAUCCCCAAAAAGUCUGGAGGUUCAUCGCAGAAGAAGAGAUCGCCUUCGCCCUCAUUUAAAGAAGAGGGUCCUUUUGCGGAAUUCAACAAAGGUCGCCGAAUGGACGGAACCAAAGGCACCAAAAGACGUGGCUCCGCCUUGUCCAAGAAUGGCUCGCCCAAGGACAAGAAGCCCAAAGCUAAUGCUUCCACCAACAAUCAAGACUUAUUCGGGGAUGACCACUCGUUGCCCCCAAACGACAGCAAUGUGGGAUGGGCCAAGUUCAAGGAAUCUAAUCCGGAUGAGUACCGCACACCUCUGAGGGAUUCAGACCGAGAUCGCACGCCUAACCAAGAGCCGGAUCGGCGAUUUCCCGGAGGUCGCAAUUCAUUCCGCGGUCGAGGCGGUUUCAACAUGCCCAGAAAUCACGGGGACCGACCUCCCGGUGGAAAUGGUCCCAUGGGAGCAGCAUCGCCUUUCUUUCCAAGCAAUCAAUUCGCAGGCGAUAGCGCGACUAACAACUUCGUUGGCGAAGCCUUCCCGAACUUUGACAACUUCAUGCACACUGUCAGUCAAACGGAUCCGCAUAUUGUGGAGACCCAAAUCAUUCCCAGCAUCAUCCAUCAAGCCCGGGAAGGCCUCGAGCAAGCCCGACUCAGCCAGGAGCAAUUCUCGCAUCUCAUGCGGCAAGUGAUGAGCUUGAAGGAGGCGGCCAUGAUGGCCCAAGCGGACAAACGCCACCACCAAGCCGAAGGCAAGGAGAACUCGGGCAACCGUAAUGGAGGCGUCAUGGCCCCUUGGUCCGCUCCCAAUCUCCCCGGGGGCCCUGGACCAUUCCCCGGACCUCCCAUGGCCAAUAUGGGACCCCGACCACCCAGCGCUCCCGGACCUUUUAACGGAAUGCACGGCCCUGUUCCACCCAUGAUGGGCGGACCUAACAACCUACUGCCUGCCAAGAGCCGACUGGACCUUCCCUUCCCGUCUGAGGAGGACCUAAAGGCCAUCGAAGCCGACCCCUACAAGAGUCUGCCCAUAGACAACUGUCCGCGUGAGAUCCGCUUCUACGGCGAGAUGGCCACGUGUGUGAUGGAUGAGAAUGACGUCCGAGACUUGUCAUUCCAAGGUGACGACGGUUUGAGGCGUGUGAUAGUCGACCAAGGCCUCGUGACCGUCAGUCUAAAAUUGGAUGUAACUGAAUACACUGAUUUCAAUCUCGAUGGCAUGCAGCAUAAAAUAAAGCUAGGUGCACCCACAAGAGAGCUUUGGAUAGAUGGCCAGGGCUACCAGUGUUACUUUGACAAGGCCAUAAGCGUAAAGUUAGGCCCCAAUUUGCACGAGUUCUUUCUCGAAGGCCCUCCCCCGCGGGUCCGAAUCGGGGAACACCCCAGACCCGAUCUGUGUGCCGGAUACGUCCGCUUGAUCAUUAACGGGGAUCUGAACAAUGCCGUACGCUUGUUCCUCGACCCCAAGCCUCAAAGGGUGGAUAUCAUGGGCAAACCCCACGUACUCCGGUUUGUCGAGGGCCUUCGAACUCUCCUCAUUAAUGGGCAUCCAUUUAGAACAGAGUUCGGGGGCAUGCCCAUCGUCAUCUAUGUCAACGGACAGAAGCAAUAUCUCCGACUCCCAUCUUUGCCUCAGGGGGUCAAACUUGGGCAGAUUAGGGUGAUUGGACUUGUCCCACCCGAGGAACUCGAGCAAGCUCAACACGUCCAAGGCUUCCGCCCAGGGGGUCCAGCACCCCCUUCACCUCCAUCGAAUAGCAACGGACCCAUGGCAGGGUUCGACUCCGAAGGCGUCUCUUCGGCUUUCGACAAGCUACUCCCACUGUUCCGAGGCUUUGAUGGCAAGACCGAGUCCAAUCGAGAUGUGGACACCAUGUCCGAAUCAUCUUACAAAUGCGAUCAAGAAGUCACAACUGCCGAUUCAGGCGCCGCCAAACCUGGCAAUCCUGCCCCAUCGCCCGCUGUUAACGUUCACAACCUUUGGAGUCAACUUUUGGGUGCGGGUUUGGUUUCCACUGGGAACGGCGAUGACAAGAAGAGCACCUCCACCAAUGGAGGCAUCCCUGGAUUGGACACGCCCAAAGCUCCAGUGGCAUCCAAUAUCAAGAUCAAGGAAGAGGAUGCUAAGCUGGAGAAGAGCAACAAAAACAAGGACAAACCUGAGAACCAAGUCCACGAGGAGAAGGUGAUAGUCGUCAAGAAGAUCGUCUUCAAGUCGCAUCACAAAACAAUGAAAGAACGUCAACAAGGGUUGAUCAAUCAAUUAUAUGACCCUGCUGCACUACAGUGCAAGAAUUGCGGUCUUCGCUUCUCUCCUGGAGACAUGAUUUCCUACUCACAACACUUGGACUGGCAUUUCCGCAUGAAUCGACGCGAAAAAGACAACGCUCGGAAGGCCCAAAGUCGCAAAUGGUAUUUCGAGCGCAUGGAUUGGAUCAUUUCCGACGAGAUUGAAGUGGCCGAAGACAAAGAUCUGACUGAAGCCGAAUUGCGUGGCUCGGCAAACACGUCGCCCGAACCCGAAAAAAUUCCCACUGUCCCUGUUUCCGAGGACUCUGUGAAACGCGAGGGUGAGGGCAGUUGUUCCAUUUGCAAGGAGGAAUUUGAUCAAUUCUUCAAGGAAGGCACGGACGAUGACGACGACGGAAAAUGGCAUUACCGAAAUGCCAUCCUCGUCGAAGAUGAAGGCAUUUUCCACCCUCAAUGUCACGCGGACAAGGCCAACAGCCAACAUAACUUCCUCAUCGAUGAGAGCUUCCACGAAGAAGACGAAGAGGAGGAAGAGGAAAAAAAACCUUCGACCACCGUGGCCGAGAGCGAUGUACCCAUGGAUGAACCCGUGGUCAUGGCGGAAGCACCGGAGAAAGACCUCCCAACUGAGACCGAACCCGAGGUGAAACUUGAGCCCGAUCAAGAAAUGACAGAUGUCUCCGACAAAGUCCCCGAAGAAGACACUACUGUUCCCAUCGAGUCCGAGGUUCAACCUGAGUCAGAGUUGUCCGCGGUUUUGGUGAAAGAGGAACGACCCUGUUCUCCAUCCACAGAAGCCUCUGAGGCGGUUGAGACUGUGAAGCCGGAACUUUCAGAAGCGGAGGUCAAGGUCGAACCUCCCAAAGAAGAAUCUGAGGGAGUGGAAAGUCAAACUGCGACUGAACUGUCAGAAGAGACCAACGAAAAAGAGCCCCAACCGGAGGAAGCUUCACAAGCUCCUCCUGCCACUGCCGUUUCGCCCUCUCAUGAUACUUCUUUGGAGGAUUCGUCCAUGAUAGCGCCUAGUAUGUCUCAAGAACCCAUGGGUCCAAAACCCGGCAUCCGGAUUAAUAUCACAUCGCAAGUGGAUCUUGAGCGACGAGAAAGUGUGGUAUCCAAUCAUUCGGACAAGGAAAGUGCAGAGAAUUCAGAAUUUGAUCCCGAGGCUAUCGUACAAGAGGCUAAAUUGAACUUGGAUGUCCUCAAGCCGAAAUUGAAGGACAGAAAAUUCACAGAACUACCACCCCAGAAUCGAGGCCAAGAGCUGUCAGGUUUAUGUUUGAUUAUGUAAAUUUUUGUUCACUUUUUUUCUCAUUUUUUUGGCUCAUUUUGUCACGCGAAAAUUCACCCUGAUAUCAAUUAUUACUUGUGUAGGUAUGUACUACCACUCAAUAAAAGCAUAAAAAGCAUAAAA